AUGAGCGCUAACGAAGCAGGUGUCGCUGAGCAAGUCAAGAACUUGUCCGUUAAGGAUAACGGUGAUGCAGCAGCAGCAAAGGCAGGUAAGAAGGAUAACAAAAAGUCCAAGCAACAAUCUCUAUACUUGGACCCUCAACCAGUCUUUAUUGAAAAAAGAAUGGAGAUGUUUGACAGAUUGCAAAAGGAAUACAACGACAAGGUUGCCAGUAUGCCUCGCGUUCCAUUGAAGAUCGUUUUAAAGGACGGUGCUAUUAAGGAAGCCACUUCUUGGGAAACUACUCCUAUGGAUAUUGCUAAGGGAAUUUCCAAAUCUUUGGCUGAUAGAUUAUGUAUCUCAAAGGUCAAUGGCCAAUUAUGGGAUUUAGACAGACCUUUUGAAGGCGAAGCCGAUGAAGAAAUCAAAUUAGAACUAUUAGAUUUUGAAUCUGAGGAAGGUAAAAAAGUCUUCUGGCAUUCAUCUGCCCACGUUCUGGGUGAAUCUUGUGAGUGCCAUCUAGGUGCCCACAUCUGUUUGGGCCCUCCAACUGAUGACGGGUUUUUUUACGAAAUGGCAGUCAGAGAUAGUAUGAAAGAUAUCUCUGAAUCUCCAGAACAAACCGUCUCUCAAGCGGAUUUCCCAGGUUUGGAAGGUGUUGCUAAGAACGUCAUCAAGCAAAAGCAAAAAUUCGAAAGAUUGGUUAUGACCAAGGAAGACCUUUUGAAAAUGUUCCACUACUCUAAAUAUAAAACUUAUUUGGUUCAAACCAAAAUUCCGGAUGGUGGUGCCACCACUGUUUACCGUUGUGGUACAUUGAUCGAUUUAUGUGUCGGUCCUCACAUCCCUCAUACUGGUCGUAUCAAGGCUUUUAAAUUACUAAAGAAUUCUUCUUGUUACUUCUUGGGUGAUGCCACAAAUGACUCUUUGCAAAGAGUUUACGGUAUUUCCUUCCCAGACAAAAAACUGAUGGACGCUCAUUUGAAGUUCUUGGCUGAGGCAUCUAUGAGAGAUCACAGAAAGAUUGGUAGGGAACAAGAAUUAUUCUUAUUCAAUGAAAUGUCUCCAGGUUCUUGUUUCUGGUUACCUCAUGGUACCAGAAUUUACAAUACUUUGGUUGAUUUGAUGAGAUCUGAAUACCGUAAGAGAGGUUAUGAGGAAGUUAUCACACCUAACAUGUACAAUUCCAAAUUGUGGGAAACUUCAGGUCACUGGGGUAAUUACAAAGAAAACAUGUUUACUUUUGAUGUAGAAAAGGAAUCUUUCGGUUUGAAGCCAAUGAACUGUCCAGGUCAUUGUUUGAUGUUUAAGUCUAGAGAACGUUCCUACAGAGAAUUGCCAUGGAGGGUUGCUGAUUUCGGUGUUAUUCACAGAAACGAAUUCUCAGGUGCCUUGUCUGGUUUGACUCGUGUGAGAAGAUUCCAACAAGAUGAUGCUCAUAUCUUCUGUACUGAAAGUCAAAUCGAAACCGAAAUCGAAAACAUAUUCAAUUUCUUGGAAUAUGUCUACGGUGUCUUUGGAUUUGAAUUCAAGAUGGAAUUAUCUACCAGACCAGAGAAGUAUGUUGGUAAAAUCGAAACUUGGGACGCUGCCGAAAGUAAAUUAGAGUCUGCCUUGAGAAAAUGGGGUGGUAACUGGGAAAUCAACGCCGGUGAUGGUGCUUUCUACGGUCCAAAGAUUGACAUUAUGAUUUCUGAUGCUUUAAGAAGAUGGCAUCAAUGUGCCACUGUCCAAUUAGAUUUCCAAUUGCCAAACAGAUUCGAAUUGGAAUUCAAAUCUAAGGAUCAAGAUGAGAGUUACGAAAGACCAGUUAUGAUUCAUCGUGCCAUUUUGGGUUCCGUUGAAAGAAUGACUGCCAUUUUGAUCGAACAUUUUGCUGGUAAGUGGCCAUUCUGGUUAUCUCCACGUCAAGUCUUGGUUGUCCCAGUUGGUGUGAAGUACCAGGAAUACGCCGAAGAUGUCCGCAACCAAUUACACGACGCAGGCUUCUAUGCUGAUGUCGACUUGACUGGUAACACUCUACAAAAGAAGGUCAGAAACGGGCAAAUGCUGAAAUACAAUUUCAUUUUCAUUGUUGGUGAACAAGAGAUGAACGAAAAGUCUGUCAACAUUAGAAACAGAGAUGUUAUGGAACAACAAGGUAAGAAUGCCACCGUUUCUGUCGAAGAGGUUUUGACACAGUUGAAGAGCUUGAAAGACGAAAAGAGAGGAGACAACGUCUUAGCUUAA